AUGUCUAACGACUACACUCUGGUGACAUACACCUGCUUGCACUUCGCCCUAAUCCCCUCAACAUCCAUCUCGAACUUUGAUGGAGUCUUCGAAGAGUUCUCCGAGCCCUCUCGGGCAGAAUCAGAUCUUCAGACUAAGUUGAUGUCCUGCCAUCYCUCGGUUCCUACCCAUUGCGCGAACUUUGAUUGCUACCAUAUCCUUCAACCAGAAUGGGAGGAACGCAUCACCUUCGCCCUCUCUUCCAUCCAGAAGAACUUAAGAUCCUUUCGUAGGGUCUUCAUGCAGCUCGGUAAAGUCUAUCACAACAUCCCUUUGGACACCCGUGUGGCUCUGUCCAACAAGAGGAUCUGUAAUCUGACGCAUCAGCAGUACGGUAUCGAGAAACGAGCCUGGAAGGAACAUCCUUUCUUCAAGCCAUACCUCGAAGCAAGAGAACUUGUCAAGGCGGUCAAGACCUUGAUACGUUGGUCCUCGUGGAAUGAUGAUACCCUGGCCGAAGUGGCGAAGAAGAUCAAUCACUGCAGAGCCUUUGUCUCCAAGGUAACAGCAUUCGAGAACGAGAUCGUUGCUGGUACCAGGAAGCUACAUCAAGUCUACACUGACAACGUGAACGAGGAAAUGAAUGCUAUCAACGCUAUGAACGACAGGAUUGCGAAGGAGAAGGCGGCAAAAAGGAAGGAGAAGAGAGCACAAGCUCUCGCAGCUGCAGAACUCCGAAAGAAGGAGGAGGAAGCGGCUGCGGCCAUCAAGCUCGCAGAAGAAGCAGAGCGCAUUGCGAUCCAGGAAGCCGCAGCGAAGAAGACUUCUAGACGAGGAUUCUUCGACCUUCUCGACAGAGUCAAAGGAAAGAGCAGGAAGCCAGAGCUCCGACUCGCUGAAUCUCCGAAACCCAAGGAGCAACAGUACAUUCAACACACCCCACAGGCUACGCAAGCCGAGCCCGUUCAUGAGGUCGUCCAGGAGACUGCAGUAGUUCUCAGCACUACGGCUGUGGACRAAUACAAGAUACGGCCACGGGUACCAUCAAGAGGACCUCGGAGUCCUGAAAUGUCCAGCUCCAAGGUUCGAAGGAGGAAAGCUUUGCUUCGGGACGCAAUCUUUGCGAAUUUUCAGGAUCGCAUGAAUGGGUUUUGA